AUGCAAGGCGCUAUCCAUGGAGAGGAGGGCCCAGCAGACCACAUGUUGGUUUGCUUGCCUGCCGAAUCGAAGGCAUAUGGCAACAACUUUUCGUGGAGUUCCGGCCAUUGGUUGAUGCUUAACGUGAGUUGCGCAAAGAUCGUCAGUCGCUGCGGCGGGUCCCUGCCCAAGACGUUGCAGGUCCAGAUGAGCGGAUUCAACGAUCGUAUGGUGGAGUUCAAUUCUCAAGCGCGGGUGGCACCAUCCGAGGAAGGAUUUUGGAAGCCGGAGGAACUUGGCCUGAAUGGGGAUAUCCUCCGGUGCUUGCCGAGAAGCUUCGACAUUGACAAGGAUGGGGCAUGCUUCAAGCAAAUCAUGCACCCUCUUGGUGGUUCUCAAUGCGUGGGGGUGGCUUGUUUCCGAGACGAGGCCGGAACUGGAUGUCGCGGAUUGAUCGUGCGUCCGGGGCAUAAGCUCGUGGGUCAAGGGUUUUCCGGCGCCAACGACUCUGCUGCAAUCGAAUUCACCGAAUCCAGUCCCAGUCUCCUCUUCUGGGCCUCGCGGCGGCGCUGCCCCCUCGACGCCCGAUGCCUCCCGUGCAGGCCAUGGUGGCGAUGGCACCUGCCCUGA